AUGGAACGCCUUUUCCAUCCACAAUCUCAACUUCUCGAUCUUCUUUCCCAAAACAGCCCAAAGAAUGAAAAAGAAUCAACACUCUUCCAUAAUCUUGAUAAGGCCUCAGACGACCAAUUUAAAACCAAAUUAAGGCUCGAUCAAUCUGAAAAUCACACCUUAGGAGUUGUUUGUUUACCAGAUAAUACACAAGGACUGAAAUUUGCAUCAUUUAAUCCACUUGAUCCUUCCUCUACUUUUGAUGACGAGAGUAUUAUUUGGAAAUCUUCCCUGAUUGAUAAUACUUUGAGCCGACAAUUUAGGUCUAAAAAAUGUCAAAUUGACACCGACUGCUAUUUUAUGGUUGUAGAACACAAGGUGGACAACACGUUUUUGGUUUCUCCAGUAUCUAAUUACUUUAUAUUUGAUUCAUAUGUCCCGCCCAAAUCAAGUGAAUCACAACCCAGCAAAGUUGAUAAUAUUCAAGAAAGGCUUAAGAAAAUGACCAGAGCUUCAGACGAAGACAGGCCUAAGGCUGAUGACAAACAAUUGCCUAAAAAAAGAAAAUUGUCGGAUAUCGAUAAGACAAACUUGGGUUGGGACUAUGAGAAUGAGGAACUCAGCGACGAUGAAAACACAUACUUGAACAAUCGCACUACCUACACUGAAGAUGACCCAUUUUAUGACAAAAACUUAACAUCAUACGGAGAGAGUGUGAAGAGUAUGUUAAUACUCCAGAAGGAGCAAGAAGUGGACGAGGAACUAAAGGAAUACUCAGACGAUGAAGACAGCUCAUCUCAGGUUUCAGUCUCCUCUAAAGUUAGGGUCGAAACUUCCAAAAGUACUCAACCAAAAGAACUUACGUUUGAAGAUAAAGUUCUUUUAUUUCUCAGUGACAAUAACAAUAAAGUUACAGUUAAGGUAAUUAGAAGUCAUAUUAACUAA